AUGUUUGGAAUUCAAGAUACUUUAGGAAGAGGACCAAUUCUGAAAGAUAAAUCUCUAGGUUCUGAGAUGGAUUCCGUCAGGUCCUGGGUCAGAAACGUUGGGGUUGUGGAUGCAAACGUAGCAGCACAAAGCGGAGUAGCUUUGUCCAGAGCCCACUUUGAAAAGCAGCCACCCUCCAACUUGAGGAAAUCCAAUUUCUUUCACUUUGUUCUGGCUCUCUACGACAGACAGGGGCAGCCCGUGGAAAUAGAGAGGACAGCUUUUGUGGACUUUGUAGAAAAUGAUAAAGAGCAAGGCAACGAGAAGACGAACAACGGCACGCACUACAAACUCCAGCUGCUCUACAGCAACGGUGUCAGGACAGAACAGGAUCUCUAUGUGAGGCUCAUUGAUUCUGUCACCAAGCAGCCCAUAACUUACGAAGGGCAGAACAAGAACCCCGAGAUGUGCAGAGUGCUGCUCACCCACGAAGUCAUGUGCAGUCGGUGCUGUGAGAAGAAAAGCUGUGGCAACAGAAAUGAGACUCCAUCUGACCCUGUGAUCAUUGACAGAUUCUUCCUAAAAUUUUUUCUCAAGUGCAAUCAGAAUUGCUUGAAAACAGCAGGAAACCCAAGAGAUAUGAGACGGUUCCAGGUGGUGCUAUCAACAACAGUGAACGUGGAUGGGCACGUGCUGGCAGCGUCUGACAACAUGUUCGUGCACAACAACUCCAAGCACGGGCGGAGAGCAAGAAGACUCGACCCCUCAGAAGACACCUUCAAGAGCUGUUUUGAUGGUUUUUUGUUCUGUGCAGCCACGCCCUGCAUCAAAGCCAUCAGCCCAAGCGAGGGCUGGACCACGGGGGGAGCCAUGGUGAUCAUCAUCGGGGACAACUUCUUUGAUGGGCUGCAGGUGGUGUUUGGGACCAUGCUGGUGUGGAGUGAGCUGAUCACACCUCACGCCAUCCGCGUGCAGACGCCGCCCCGGCACAUCCCCGGCGUGGUGGAGGUGACAUUGUCCUACAAAUCCAAACAGUUCUGCAAAGGAGCACCAGGCAGGUUCAUUUACACAGCUUUAAAUGAACCUACCAUAGAUUACGGCUUCCAAAGACUGCAGAAGGUCAUCCCAAGACAUCCUGGGGACCCUGAAAGGUUAGCUAAGGAGAUGUUGCUGAAAAGAGCUGCUGACCUGGUCGAGGCCCUGUACGGGACACCUCACAACAACCAGGAGCUGAUCCUGAAGCGCGCGGCCGACAUCGCCGAGGCGCUGUACAGCGUGCCCCGCAACCCCGCGCAGAUCCCCGCGCUGCCCAGCUCCCCUGCCCACAGCUCCAUGAUGGGCAUCAACUCCUACGGCAGCCAGCUGGGCGUCAGCAUCUCCGAGUCAGCGCAGGGCAACAACCAGGUGGGUUACAUCCGCAACACCAGCAGCAUCUCCCCCCGGGGCUACUCGUCCAGCUCCACCCCGCAGCAGUCCAGCUACAGCACGUCCAGCAGCAGCAUGAACGGCUACAGCAACGUGCCCAUGGGCAACCUGGGCGUGCCCGGCUCGCCCGGCUUCAUCAACGGCUCCCCGAGCGGCUCGCCCUACGGAUUGAUGUCUUCAAGUCCAACAGUCGGCUCCUCCAGCACUUCUUCCAUCCUCCCGUUCUCCUCCUCGGUGUUCCCUGCAGUCAAACAGAAGAGUGCCUUUGCUCCUGUCAUCAGACCCCAGGGCUCUCCCUCCCCUGCCUGCUCCAGCGGCAACGGGAACGGCUUCAGAGCCAUGACUGGUCUUGUCAUUCCCCCGAUGUAA